AGAUAUCCCGACGCAGGUUCCGCCACUGACGCCGGGAACAAACAAAACUAUGGCCGAGGCGCUUAAAGCGUCAUUCGCGUCGUGGGAGAAGGAACAGAUCCGAUUAAACAUAACCAAAGAUCCUCGUCAGUGGACGGAAAACCACGUUGCCCAUUGGUUGCAAUGGGCGGCCAAGGAGUUCUCCUUGGAAAUAUCGCCCUUACACCAAUUCAGAAUGAAGGGAAAAGACAUUUGUGCAAUGGGAAAAGACACUUUCGCUGCAAGAGCGCCAGCUUUUGUUGGCGAUAUCCUUUGGGAACACCUCGAACUCUUACAAAAAGAUGUCGAGAGGGAACGAGCCCUGAGCCAAAACAUGGUGCAUAGCGCCAUCUACGAUUCAAUGUGCGUGCCGGACAUGAACUACAUCGACUACACCCAACUGUCCGAGGACAGGAAACCAGUGGUUACCCCUGUACCCCCUACGAACAACCCUGUGAAUACCAAUAACAACUUCCUACACGAUGGAGGUUACGGUCAACUCAGGAGUCCUGCAUGUCCGAGCACUGACGACAUUAAAGACGAAAGCUCACCCCCACCCUCAUCAGGUUACAUUAACCUACAUCAUAGAAGUCCUGCCUAUCAUCAUCUCAAAGAUGGAUAUAAAGGCUCGUGUCCGACGGGUAGUGACUCGUCGAGCGGUAAUUUUGGAACGUUAGACGGCGGCAGUCUGUUAACGGGGGGCGGCGGUCCGGCCGACGACCACCAACAACAGCAGCAGCAGCAGCAGCAGCAACAUUUGUUUCAAACCCCCUAUCAUUCGCCCGAAGAGCACGAAUAUCAGGCGCUGGAGACGGCACAUCAGCAAUCGUAUCUCGAAAGUUCGCCGGAAUUGUAUUCGGGUAACAGUUUUAUCGAGUCCAAGUAUCAUCCUGCACAGAGUUAUGUCAAGAAUUAUGUCAGAUCAUCUGGCAGAUACAAUGAGGGCGACGCAUACGGCUACGGACCGUACGACGCGUCCCCGUUCCAGACGGUGCCCAACGCGAACGCCCAGGCGCAAGACCAGUGGACGACGCACACGCACGACCUGGGCGCUCUGGGACACCCGCAUCAUCCCGCCUUCCUGAACGCCACUGGGAUGCCCGGGUCGCGGGACGCCCUGCAAGCGUUGAGUCAGGACCAGAAACCGAUGAUCCAGAAUGGGCUCAUCCAGGGAUAUCCCAGCCAGGCUGGAACUGGAGGACCUUGCUUCACAGGUUCAGGCCCCAUCCAACUGUGGCAAUUCCUGUUGGAGCUGCUCACCGACAAAACCUGCCAGGGUUUCAUAGCGUGGACCGGCGACGGCUGGGAGUUCAAACUGAUCGACCCCGAUGAGGUGGCGCGCCGCUGGGGCGUCAGGAAGAACAAACCCAAAAUGAACUACGAAAAGUUGUCGCGCGGGCUGCGCUACUACUACGACAAGAACAUUAUACACAAGACUGCCGGCAAACGAUAUGUAUAUAGAUUUGUUUGUGAUUUGCAGAAUUUGCUUGGAUACAGUCCAGAAGAAUUGCACAAAAUGGUAGAUCUCAAGCCGGAGAAAAAAGAAGACGAUUAA